UUGGGGGCGUCGAAAACUCAAAACAAAAACAAGGGUUUUGCUCGGGCCUCCGCUGUGGCGGCGACGGCGGCGGCUGGGGCGCCCCGGAGAGGGCCAGAGCUUCAGGGGCCGGCGCUGCGCCCCAGCCGGAGGGUGGGCACGCCGUGAGCAGGAUGAAGCCGGGGCUGUGAGGCCGAGGCGGCGGUGGCAGGGGGGAAGGGUCGGAUGUCGGUCCGGGGGCACCGCUGAGGCGCGGGGCCCCGACCUCGGAGACAGCUCCGGACGCCCCCGGCUCGCCCAAUCCCCUCCGGACGCGACGCCGCGGGCCGGUGGAGGCGCGUCUCCGGCACGCCCCGGCCCGCAAAACCGGCUGCGGCGGCUGCCCCCGGUGCAUCCCGCGGGCCGGAGGCCCUCCCCCCCACGGCUUCAGGUGGGGCACACCGUCCGGACACCGCCGCCCGGGGACAGUUUCCUGUUUGUGAAACGGCCGGGAGGCCCGGGCUGGCCGGUCUGACCCGGCGCAGGCCGGCGGAUGUGCGCACGGCCCCUCCCCCUGCCACACCUCCCUGGCGGUGGGAGAGGGUUGCGCCGGGGUUCUGGAGGACGUGACGGAUCCCCUCGCCCGCUCCUCGCCGGGGAGCGCUGGGGCGCCCUCGCUGGAGAUGAAGGAUUUGGGGGCAGAGUACUUGGCAGGUCGUGAAGGGGUCCAGCUCUUCGGAUUGUUGAGCCUAUACCUCGAACAGGAACAGAGAUUCCAACCUCGAGAAAAAGGGCUGAGCUUGAUCGAGGCUACCCCGGAGAAUGAUAACACUUUGUGUCCAAGAUUGAGAAAUGCCAAAGUAGAAGAUUUAAGAAGUUUAACCAACUUUUUUGGAUCUUGCACUGAAACUUUUGUUCUGGCUGUCAAUAUUUUGGACAGAUUUUUGGCUCUUAUGAAGGUGAAACCUAAACAUUUGUCCUGCAUUGGAGUCUGUUGUUUUUUGCUGGCUGCUAGAAUAGUUGAAGAAGAAUGCAAUAUUCCAUCCACUCAUGAUGUAAUCCGGAUUAGUCAAUGUAAAUGUACAGCUUCUGACAUAAAACGAAUGGAAAAAAUCAUUUCAGAAAAAUUGCACUAUGAAUUGGAAGCUACUACUGCCUUAAACUUUUUGCACUUAUACCAUACUAUUGUACUUUGUCAUACUUCAGAAAGGAAAGAAAUACUGAGCCUUGAUAAACUAGAAGCUCAGCUGAAAGCUUGCAACUGCCGACUUACCUUUUCAAAAGCAAGACCAUCUAUAUUAGCUUUGUGCCUUCUCAAUUUGGAAGUAGAAACUUUGAAGUCUCUUGAAUUAUUGGAAAUUCUCCUGCUUGUUAAAAAACAUUCCAAGGUUAACGACGCUGAGUUCAUUUACUGGAGGGAGUUAGUUUCUAAAUGCCUAGCCGAAUAUUCUUCUCCUGAAUGUUGCAAACCAGAUCUUAAGAAGUUAGUUUGGAUUGUUUCAAGGCGCACAGCCCAGAACCUCCACAACAGCUACUAUAGUGUUCCUGAGCUGCCAACAAUACCAGAAGGGACUUGUUUUGAUGAAAGUGAAAGUGAGGACUCUUGUGAAGACAUGAGUUGUGGAGAAGAGAGUCUCGGCAGCUCUCCCCUCAGUGACCAGGAGAGCACUUUCUUUUUCAACUUCAAAGUGGCACAGACACUGUGCUUUCCAUCUUAGAAAUCUCAUUGUUCUGUGUGAGAAUUUAAACUGUGUACAGGUUUCAAAGCAAUAAAUGGAGGAGUGGGUAGUUGUCUGGUCCAGCCCCCAGCUAGGCCGGAAUUGCA